AUGGCUGCCACAACUCCUACCGUUACUAUCUCGCACGAGGAUGCCAUUGACGAUGCCAUUGAGGACCAUCACCCCUCCAAUUUCGAACAUUCCGUUCAUCGCCGGUUACGAGCCAAUUCCACCAUCAUGCAAUUCCACAAGAUUCUCGUAGCGAACCGUGGUGAAAUUCCUAUCCGCAUUUUCCGUACCGCUCACGAGCUGUCUCUUCAGACGGUUGCCGUCUACUCCCAUGAAGAUCGUCUGAGCAUGCAUCGCCAAAAGGCCGAUGAGGCUUACAUGAUUGGUGCCAGAGGCCAGUACACCCCAGUCGGUGCGUAUCUCGCCGGCGAUGAGAUUAUCAAGAUCGCCGUGCAGCACGGUGUCCAUCUCAUCCAUCCCGGGUAUGGCUUCCUCUCUGAAAACGCUACAUUUGCUCGAAACGUCGAGAAGGCCGGAUUGGUCUUUGUCGGCCCAACCCCUGACACAAUUGAUGCCCUUGGUGACAAAGUUUCCGCUCGUCGCUUGGCAAUGAAAUGCGAUGUUCCCGUUGUGCCAGGGACAGAGGGCCCCGUCUCACGCUACGAAGAAGUCAAGGCUUUCACCAGCCAGUAUGGCUUCCCUAUCAUUAUUAAGGCCGCUUUUGGUGGCGGCGGCCGGGGAAUGCGUGUCGUUCGAGACGAGGCGUCUUUGCAGGACGCCUUUGAAAGAGCAACGUCUGAGGCAAAAUCGGCCUUUGGCAACGGCACUGUCUUCGUCGAGCGAUUCCUAGACAAGCCAAAACAUAUCGAGGUGCAAUUGCUCGGUGAUAACCAUGGAAAUGUUGUGCACCUGUAUGAACGUGAUUGCAGUGUCCAGCGCCGCCAUCAAAAAGUUGUUGAACUUGCCCCCGCCAAAGAUCUACCAGUCGAAGUUCGUGAUAGCAUUCUCGGUGAUGCCGUCAAGCUAGCCAAGUCUGUCAAUUAUCGUAAUGCUGGUACUGCUGAGUUCCUUGUUGAUCAGUUGAACCGAUAUUACUUCAUCGAAAUCAACCCACGCAUUCAGGUUGAGCAUACCAUCACAGAAGAAAUUACUGGCAUUGACAUUGUUGCUGCGCAGAUUCAAAUUGCUGCCGGUGCUACACUUGAGCAGCUUGGACUUACCCAAAACCGCAUUUCCACCAGGGGGUUUGCCAUUCAGUGCCGUAUCACUACUGAAGAUCCCACAAAAGGCUUUCAACCAGAUACUGGUAAAAUUGAAGUUUAUCGCUCUGCAGGUGGUAAUGGUGUCCGUCUGGAUGGAGGAAACGGGUUUGCUGGCUCUAUUAUCACACCUCAUUACGACUCUAUGCUGGUGAAAUGUACUUGUCUUGGGUCCACUUAUGAAAUUGCUCGACGGAAGAUGCUCCGUGCGCUGGUUGAGUUUCGAAUUCGUGGUGUCAAGACAAAUAUUCCUUUUUUGGCAUCCCUCCUGACCCAUCCAACCUUUAUUCAAGGCACCUGCUGGACAACAUUCAUUGAUGACACACCCGAGCUCUUUUCGCUCAUCGGAAGUCAGAAUCGUGCCCAGAAGCUGCUUGCUUAUCUGGGAGAUGUUGCUGUCAACGGCAGUCGAAUCAAAGGCCAAGUCGGUGAACCCAAGUUUAAAGGCGCAAUUACCUUGCCAACGAUCCUUGAUGAUAGUGGUAAACCGAUUGACACUUCUGUUCCCUGUACGAAGGGCUGGAAAAACAUUCUUGAUGAGCAAGGCCCGGCUGCAUUUGCAAAGGCCAUCCGUGCCAAUCGGGGCUGCUUGAUUAUGGAUACAACCUGGCGAGAUGCACAUCAGUCUCUCCUUGCUACCCGUGUCAGAACCGUCGACUUGGUGAACAUUGCUAAGGAAACAAGCCAUGCAUACAGCAAUGCAUACAGCUUGGAGUGCUGGGGUGGCGCUACUUUCGAUGUUGCCAUGCGAUUCCUGUAUGAAGACCCGUGGGAUCGUCUUAGAAAGCUUCGAAAGGCGGUACCAAAUAUCCCUUUCCAAAUGUUGCUAAGGGGAGCAAAUGGUGUGGCAUACUCGUCGCUCCCGGAUAAUGCUAUCUACCACUUCUGCAAACAAGCCAAAAAAUACGGUGUCGACAUUUUCCGUGUUUUUGAUGCACUUAACGACAUUAACCAGCUUGAGGUUGGUAUGAAGGCCGUUCAGGCUGCGGGCGGUGUCGUUGAAGGUACUCUUUGCUAUAGUGGCGACAUGUUGAACCCCGAUAAGAAGUACAAUCUCAACUACUACCUUGAUCUCGUCGACAAGAUCGUUGCGCUCGGCACGCAUGUCCUCGGUAUUAAGGAUAUGGCUGGCGUACUAAAGCCUCAAGCCGCCACCAUGUUGAUUGGAGCGAUUCGUAAUAAAUAUCCUGAUCUCCCUAUUCAUGUCCAUACCCAUGACUCUGCUGGUACUGGUGUUGCCUCCAUGGUUGCCUGCGCGAUGGCGGGUGCUGAUGCCGUCGAUGCCGCAACGGACAGCAUGUCUGGGAUGACCUCUCAGCCUAGCGUCGGCGCCAUCUUGGCUUCACUUGAGGCAACCGAAUGUGACCCCAAGCUCAAUAUUCGAAACAUCCGUGCAAUCGAUUCUUAUUGGGCCCAAUUACGUCUGUUGUAUUCGCCAUUUGAGGCAGGGCUGACUGGUCCUGACCCUGAGGUGUAUGAACAUGAAAUCCCGGGUGGCCAACUGACCAACUUGAUCUUCCAAGCUCACCAACUUGGACUUGGUGCCCAAUGGACCGAAACUAAGAAGGCUUACAAACAGGCCAACCAUCUACUGGGUGACAUUGUCAAGGUCACCCCUACAUCUAAGGUCGUUGGUGACCUUGCACAGUUUAUGGUCUCGAACAAGCUGUCUCCUGAAGAUGUGAUUGCUCGUGCUGGCGAGCUUGACUUCCCCGGAUCUGUUCUUGAAUUCCUUGAGGGCCUGAUGGGUCAACCAUACGGUGGAUUCCCUGAACCCCUGCGUUCCAAAGCGCUCCGUGACCGACGCAAGCUGGACAGCCGCCCAGGUCUUCAUCUCCCCCCUCUGGAUCUUGUGAAAAUCAAAGCAGAUCUCAAGGAGAAAUUUGGCAAUGCAACAGAGUGUGAUGUUGCUAGUUUUGCCAUGUACCCGAAGGUCUAUGAAGAAUACCGCAAGUUUGUGACAAAGUACGGCGAUCUUUCUGUUCUGCCAACGAAGUAUUUCCUCUCCAGGCCCGAAAUUGGCGAAGAGUUUUCCGUUGAGCUGGAACAAGGCAAAGUGCUUAUCCUCAAGUUGUUAGCUGUUGGGCCGCUUUCCGAGCAGACUGGCCAAAGAGAGGUGUUUUAUGAAAUGAAUGGAGAAGUCAGACAAGUCACCGUUGAUGAUAUUCUGGCCGCGGUCGAUAACACCAGUCGGCCCAAGGCGGACCCCAACGACAGUAGCCAGGUUGGUGCUCCUAUGAGUGGUGUUGUCGUCGAAAUUCGGGUUCAUGAUGGAUUGGAAGUCAAGAAGGGUGAUCCAAUUGCUGUUCUCAGUGCUAUGAAGAUGGAAAUGGUCAUUUCAGCGCCACAUCACGGGACCAUUUCUGGAUUGUCGGUGAAGGAAGGGGACUCGGUGGAUGGAAUAGACUUGAUCUGUACAAUUCACAAGGUGUAG